UCACGGGACACAGAGAGGGAGGCUGGGAUCUGUCCCAGCAGGAGUGAAGGGACCGUUUCACAGUUCUGCUGCUUGUACCUGUAGAUCUCCAGUACCAUGGCAGAAGGUGGAGAGGGAGAGGAGGAAAUUCAGUUCUUACGAACGGAUGAUCAGGUUGUUCUUCAGUGUACAGCCACCAUCCUGAAAGAACAGAUUAAACUCUGUCUGUCCUGUGAGGGUUUUGGGAAUCGCUUGUGUUUUCUGGAAACUACCUCUAAUGCCCAGAAUGUUCCACCUGAUCUGGCCAUAUGCGUGUUUAUUCUGGAGCAGUCUUUAUCUGUUCGGGCCCUUCAGGAAAUGCUGGCUAACACGACUGAGCUUAAUGAGGCAGUGGAUUUGGAUAAAUGGUCAUCACAAGGUGGAGGUCACCGGACGUUGUUGUACGGCCACGCAAUCCUGCUCAGACACACACACUCAAGCAUGUAUCUCAGCUGUUUGACGACAUCAAGGUCGCUCACAGACAAGCUGGCCUUUGAUGUAGGCCUCCAAGAAGACUCGACAGGUGAAGCAUGCUGGUGGACUAUUCACCCAGCAUCCAAGCAGAGGUCAGAAGGUGAGAAGGUCAGGGUGGGUGAUGACCUCAUUCUGGUCAGUGUGUCUUCUGAGAGAUAUCUGCACCUUUCUUACGCCAGUGGAGACCUCAUGGUUGACGCCUCCUUCAUGCAAACUCUUUGGAACAUGAACCCGGUGUGUUCCGGAUGUGAGCUGGCAGAGGGGUUUCUGACUGGCGGGCACGUUUUACGUCUUUUCCACGGCCACAUGGAUGAGUGUUUAACGAUUCCUGCCGCUGACCAGGGAGACGACCAGAGACGAAAUGCGCACUAUGAAGGCGGUGCAGUAUGCAGCCACGCUAGGUCUCUCUGGAGAUUAGAGCCUCUUCGGAUUGGAUGGAGCUGUAGCCACAUGAAGUGGGGUCAGUCCUUCAGAGUCCGUCACAUCACCACCGGCAGGUAUCUGUGUCUGGAUGAGGAGAAAGGGCUCUUGAUUGUGGACCCGGAAAAAGCCAAUACGAAGAACUCUGCCUUCUGUUUCCGUUUAUCAAAGGAGAAGACUGAGGUGGCUCAGAAGCGUGAUGUUGAGGGUAUGGGGAUUCCAGAGAUAAAGUAUGGCGAGUCUAUGUGUUUCGUUCAGCACGUCUCCACCAGUCUGUGGCUCACGUAUGCCUCAGUAGAUGCCAAGUCUGCUCGCCUGGGGCCAUUAAAGAGGAAGGCUAUACUGCAUCAGGAAGGUCAUAUGGACGAUGCGCUGACCGUGGCACGUUCACAGACAGCAGAGUCUCAGGCUGCAAGAAUGAUCUACAGCACGGCUGGACUCUUUACACAGUUCAUCAAAGGUCUGGACUCACUAAGCGGGAAGAAUAAAACUCCGGGUCAAUCCGUGUCUCUGCCUCUGGACUCUGUGGUCCUGUCUUUGCAGGAUCUCAUCUUUUAUUUCCGUCCUCCAGAGGAGGAGCUUGAACAUGAGGAGAAGCAAACCAAACUGCGCUCAUUAAGGAACCGUCAGAAUUUAUUCCAGGAGGAGGGCAUGAUCUCACUUGUGCUGGACUGUGUUGAUCGGUUGAACGUCUACAACACAGCAGCACACUUCUCUGAGUUUGCUGGGGAAGAGGCAGGCGAUUCCUGGAGAGAGAUAGUCAACUUAUUUUAUGAGCUGCUGGCAUCUCUGAUCAGAGGAAACAGGGCAAACUGUGCUUUGUUCUGUGAUAAUUUGGAUUGGUUGGUCAGCAAACUGGACCGUUUAGAGGCGUCCUCAGGUAUUCUGGAGGUGCUGUAUUGCAUUCUCAUUGAAAGUCCUGAGGUGCUUAACAUCAUCCAAGAAAACCACAUCAAAUCCAUCAUCGCACUUUUGGACAAACAUGGACGUAAUCACAAGGUUCUGGAUGUGCUGUGCUCUUUGUGUGUGUGUAAUGGUGUGGCCGUGAGGUCUAAUCAGAAUCUGAUCACUGAGAAUCUGCUUCCUGGUCGGGAUCUCCUCUUGCAGACCAACAUUAUCAAUUAUGUCACCAGUAUGAGACCCAAUAUUUUUCUGGGAACAUGUGAAGGUUCAACGCAGUAUAAGAAGUGGUACUACGAGCUAAUAGUAGACCACGUGGAUUCGUUCCUGACACCGCAGGCAUGUCAUCUUCGUGUGGGCUGGGCUUUGACAGAGGGCUACAGCCCUUAUCCUGGAGGUGGAGAAGGAUGGGGAGGCAACGGUGUGGGCGAUGAUCUUUACUCGUAUGGUUUUGAUGGGCUAAACCUGUGGACAGGUCGUGUUCCACGUCAGGUGACCUCACCCAGUCAGCACAUCCUCGCACCUGAGGACGUGGUGAGCUGCUGUUUGGAUCUGAGCGUGCCCAGUAUCUCCUUCCGCAUCAAUGGACAUCCAGUUCAAGGCAUGUUUGAGAAAUUCAAUCUGGAUGGUCUCUUCUUCCCUGUGGUCAGCUUCUCAGCUGGCAUUAAAGUUCGCUAUCUUCUCGGUGGACGACAAGGAGACUUCAAAUUCCUUCCUCCUCCAGGUUACGCUCCGUGCUAUGAAGCAGUUCUCCCCAAAGACAGACUGCGGAUCGAGCCCAUUAAAGAAUACAAGCAUGACUUUGACGGCAUCCGGAACCUUCUGGGGCCAACCCAGUCUCUCUCACACACUGCCUUCACUCCCUAUCCUGUCGACACCGUGCAGAUUGUUCUCCCACCUCACCUAGAGCGUAUUAGAGAGAAACUGGCUGAGAAUAGCCACGAGCUGUGGGCCGUCACUCGUAUCGAGCAGGGCUGGACAUAUGGACCAUUUCGUGAUGACAAUAAGAAGCUUCAUCCAUGUCUAGUGGACUUCCAGAGUCUCCCGGAACCAGAGAAGAACUACAACCUGGCCAUGUCCGGAGAGACAUUGAAGACCCUUCUGGCUUUGGGAUGUCAUGUAGGCAUGGGUGAUGAGAAAGCCGAGGAGAACCUGAAGAAGAUCAAACUACCCAAGACGUAUAUGCAGAGCAAUGGAUAUAAACCUGCACCUUUGGACCUCAACCAUGUGAAACUGACACCAAAUCAGAACACUCUAGUGGAAAGACUGGCUGAGAACGGACACAACGUCUGGGCUCGUGAUCGGGUUCGCCAAGGCUGGACUUACAGUAUCAUUCAGGACAUUGUGAACAAGCGUAACCCCCGUCUCGUACCAUACAAUCUUCUGGAUGAGAAGACGAAAAAGACCAAUCGUGACACAGUUUGCGCUGCUGUACGGACUCUCAUAGGCUAUGGCUACAAUAUUGAACCACCUGACCAGGAGAGCAGUGGUCAUGGUCCUGGCAGCGGUCGGAGCGAUAAGAUCCGUGUGUUCAGAGCGGAGAAAUCCUACGCUGUUACCCAGGGGAAAUGGUACUUUGAGUUUGAAGCGGUGACGGUGGGCGAGAUGAGAGUUGGGUGGGCGAGACCCAGCGUUCAAGCAGACAGAGAGCUAGGAUCUGAUGACCUGGCCUACGUCUUCAAUGGAUGCAGGGCUCAACGGUGGCACAUCGGGAAAGAGCCGUUUGGCCGACAGUGGCAGCCUGGAGAUGUGGUGGGCUGCAUGAUAGACCUGACAGAGCAGAACAUCAUGUUUACUCUAAAUGGAGAAAUGCUCAUCAGUGAUUCUGGGUCUGAGAUGGCCUUCAAAGACAUUGAGAUUGGAGAGGGCUUCAUCCCUGUGUGCAGUCUUGGACUAUCUCAGGUGGGUCGUAUCAACCUUGGGCAGAAUGUGAGCAGUCUGCGUUACUUCACAAUCUGCGGCCUGCAGGAAGGGUUUGAACCGUUCGCCAUCAACAUGAAGAGAGAUAUCACCAUGUGGUUCAGCAAAAGCCUGCCCCAGUUUGUACCUGUGCCUACAGACCAUACACAUCUUGAGGUGUCCCGUGUGGAUGGAACAGUAGAUAGCGCCCCCUGUCUAAAACUCACCCACAGGACGUACGGAUCCCAGAACGCCAACACAGAUCUCAUGUUCUUUAGACUCAGCAUGCCUAUAGAAUUCCAUGAGACCUUCAAGGUCCCGGUGGGGGCCUCACCUCUGACCCGCACCCUAACUAUCCCAGAGGAUGAAACUCUUGAGGUGGACCCUGAAUCAGAGUUUGAGCUUCUGAAGAAGUCAGCCACUCGCAAAGAGCAAGAUGAGAAAGAGAAAGAGCCAUCUGUCCCGAAAGAGCUUCCUGGGAAUAAGGAGGGAGAGAAUGAGAAGGACACCACCACAGAGAAGAGCAAAAAGAAAGGGUUCUUUUCCAAAGCUAAGAAGGCAGCAUUAGCCCAGCCUCCCGUGGUUCCAACAGUUCCCCGACUGAUAGAGGACGUUGUCCCAGAUGACCGAGACGAUGCUGAAAUCAUCGCAAACACAACAACUUAUUAUUAUUCAGUCCGGAUAUUUGCAGGCCAGGAGCCCAGUGGAGUGUGGGUAGGCUGGGUUACUCCUGACUACCACCUGUAUGAUCUACACUUUGAUCUUGGCAAAGUCCGAAAUGUAACUGUAACCGUUGGGGAUGACAAAGGCAAUAUUCAUGAUAGUGUUAAACGCAGUAACUGCUACAUGGUGUGGGGAGGAGAGUUUGGCAGCUCGCAGCAAACUCGCAUCAGUCAGGAGGACUUUGUGAUUGGUUGCUUGGUGGACCUGGACACAGGACUCAUGACUUUCACAGCCAAUGGGAAGGAGAUCAACACUUUCUACCAGGUGGAACCCAACACUAAGCUGUUUCCUGCUGUGUUUUGUUUGCCAUCCAGCCAGAACUUGUUACAAGUAGAACUGGGCAAAUUAAAGAACAUUAUGCCCAUCUCUGCAGCCAUGUUCCGCAGUGACCAUAAGAACCCAGUUCCUCAAUGUCCUCCCAGGUUAGAUGUCCAGGUGCUGACUCCAGUCAUAUGGAGCCGGAUGCCGAAUCACUUUUUGGCCCCUGAAACAGGCCGUGUGAGUGAGAGGCAGGGCUGGAAGGUUCAGUGUUCUGAACCUCUCAUUAUGAUGGCACUGCAUAUACCUGAGGAGAACAGAUGCCUUGAUAUCUUGGAACUUUCAGAGCGCAUUGACCUGAUGACGUUCCAUUACCACACACUGAAGUUGUAUGGCUCAGUCUGCGCUCUGGGCAACAACCGUGUUGCUCACGCCCUCUGCAGUCACGUUGACGAAUUGCAGCUCUUCUAUGCUAUUGAGAACACCUACCUGCCCGGUCCCAUCCGCAGCGGCUACUACGACCUGCUCAUCUCCAUGCAUCUCGAGUCCGCCAAACGCAACCGUCUCAUGACCAAUAAGGAGUUUAUCGUGCCCAUGACGGAUGAGACAAGGAGCAUCACCCUAUACUCGGACGCUGAGAAGGCUCAUGCGCUACCAGGUGUCGGACUUACCACCUGCCUGCGGCCCAAGCUACACUUUGCCCCCACAGGGUUUGUGGGCACCAAUGCAGACCUCUACACUCUCAGCCCCUUCUAUCCUCUCCAGAUACUCAAGGACCACGCCCUCAGCAUGCUUACAGAAGCAGUGCAGGACGGAGGACAGGCCAUGCGUGAUCCCGUAGGGGGCAGCGUCGAGUUCCACUUCGUGCCAAUCCUGAAGCUCAUCAGCACCCUGCUCAUAAUGGGCGUGUUUGACGACAGCGACGUAAAACACAUCCUGAAGCUCAUCGAGCCGUCUGUGUUCACCGACGGUGAAAGUCCAGCUGAAGACCCGGAGGCAACCAAAUAUGGAGACGCAGAGAAACAGCUGGCCUGCAAAGAAGAAGGGACGGAGGUCAAAGAGGUAGAGGAACAAGAGGGCGACAACAGGGGAGAGCUGAUGGAUGAAGGUGUGGGAGAGGAAGAAGAGGAUGAGGAAUUUGAGCCUGAUGAGGAAGAUGAAUAUGAAGAGGAGGCGGGAAGAGGAAAGGAAGAUGAACAUGCUGCGGAAAAAAUGGACCAGGAGAAAGUGGCCGAUACAGAGGGGGAAAAGGAGGCUGGUGUAGCAGAAGCAGAGGUGAAGGAAGAGGAAGAUGUGGGAGAAGGACUUCUGCACAUGAAGCUUCCUGAAUCUGUUAAACUUCAGAUGUGUACCUUACUGCAGUAUUUCUGUGACUGUGAGCUGCGUCACCGAGUGGAAGCCAUUAUCGCUUUCUCAGACAAAUUUGUCAACCAGGUGCAAACCAAUCAGAGGCAGCGUUAUAAUGAGCUCAUGCAGGCCUUCACAAUGAGUGCUGCCGAAACUGCCCGCAAGACCCGUGAGUUUCGCUCGCCGCCACAGGAACAGGUAAACAUGCUAAUGAACUUCAAGAACUGCCCGGAGGUAGAAGAUUGUCCCGUUCCAGAGGAAGUCCGAAAUGAUUUGCUGACGUUCCACCAUGACCUGUUAGCUCACUGCGGUGUACAUAUUGAAGAAGAAGAAGCGGAAGAGCAGGUGGACACUUCUCUCCGUGGACGUCUUUUAAGACUGGUGAUAAAAGUAAAGAACUUACGAAAGAAGCCAGAGGCCGAGCCUGAACCUGAAGAAGACAUGAAACCCAGUACUCUACAGGAGUUGAUCUCUCACACUAUGAUCCACUGGGCUCAGGAGUCUUUCAUUCAGAACCCUGAGCUUGUGCGGCUGAUGUUCAGUUUGUUACACCGGCAGUAUGACGCCCUGGGUGAGCUGAUCCGAGCGCUGCCCAAAGCCUACAUCAUCAAUGCUGUGUCCGUGCAGGACACCAUGGAAUUGCUGGAAUGUCUGGGACAAAUACGAUCCCUGUUAAUCGUUCAGAUGGGACCGGAAGAAGAGAGACUGAUGAUUCAAAGUAUCGGAAACAUCAUGAGCAACAGAGUGUUUUACCAGCACCCAAACCUCAUGAGAGCUUUGGGAAUGCACGAGACCGUCAUGGAGGUUAUGGUGAACGUCCUUGGAGGUGGAGAUUCCAAGGAGAUCCGGUUCCCUCGUGUGGUGACCAACUGCUGUCGUUUCUUGUGUUAUUUCUGUCGUAUCAGCAGGCAGAAUCAGCGCUCCAUGUUUGAUCAUCUGGGAUAUCUUCUGCAGAACAGCGGCAUUGGGCUUGGAAUGCGUGGCUCCACUCCUCUCGAUGUUGCUGCUGCAUCUUGUAUCGAUAACAAUGAGCUUGCGCUGGCUCUCCAAGAACAAGACCUUGAGAUGGUGGUGAAGUACCUGGCAGGUUGUGGUCUGCAGAGCUGCCCCAUGCUCUUAUCAAAAGGAUACCCAGAUAUAGGGUGGAACCCUUGUGGAGGAGAGAAGUACCUGGAUUUCCUCCGAUUUGCUGUAUUCGUUAAUGGAGAGAGCGUGGAGGAGAAUGCGAACGUGGUGGUUCGGCUGUUAAUCAGGAGGCCUGAAUGUUUUGGACCCGCCUUGAGAGGAGAGGGGGGGAACGGCCUUCUCGCUGCCAUUGAAGAGGCCAUUAAGAUCUCAGAGGAUCCAGCAAGAGAUGGACCCACUGUUAAGAAAGACAGACGCUUCCCAAUGUUUGGAGGAGAGGAGCAACACGAGGAGAACAGAGUGCACCUUGGAAACGCCAUUAUGUCCUUCUACUCUGCUCUUAUUGAUCUGUUGGGUCGCUGUGCUCCUGAGAUGCACUUGAUCCAGGCUGGUAAAGGUGAAGCUUUGAGAAUCAGGGCUAUUCUUAGGUCUCUUGUGCCCAUUGAGGAUCUGGUUGGUGUGAUCAGCUUGUCAGUCCAAAUACCUGCUUUUGGAAAAGAUAACAGCAUCAUUGAGCCUAAGAUGUCUGCAAGUUUCGUGCCUGAUCAUAAGGCACCCAUGGUUCUGUUCCUGGACAGAGUCUACGGAAUUGACAACCAAGACUUCCUGUUGCACGUAUUGGAAGUGGGCUUCCUGCCAGACAUGAGAGCAGCAGCUUCUUUGGACACUGCUGCCUUCAGCACUACGGAGAUGGCACUGGCUCUAAACCGUUACUUGUGUUCCGCUGUGCUUCCUCUGAUCACCAAAUGCGCUCCUUUGUUCGCUGGCACGGAACACCGCGCCAUCAUGAUCGACUCCAUGCUCCACACCAUCUACAGGCUUUCACGGGGCCGCUCGCUUACCAAAGCUCAGAGAGAUGUUAUUGAGGAAUGCCUCAUGUCUUUAUGCAGGUACCUGCGUCCUUCCAUGCUUCAGCACCUCCUUAGGCGACUGGUGUUUGAUGUGCCGAUUUUGAACGAGUAUGCCAAAAUGCCUCUUAAGCUGCUUACUAAUCAUUACGAGCGCUGUUGGAAGUACUAUUGCUUGCCCAACGGCUGGGCUAACUUUGGUGUAUCAUCGGAGGAGGAGCUUCAUCUCACCCGUAAACUCUUUUGGGGGAUUUUUGAAUCCCUGGCUCACAAGAAAUUUGAUGCAGAGCUGUUUAAAAUCGCCAUGCCCUGCAUAUGCGCCAUUGCUGGAGCAAUUCCUCCAGAUUAUGUGGAUGCCAGCUACUCAUCCAAAACAGAGAAGAAAGCUUCUGUUGAUGCUGAGGGCAACUUUGACCCUAAACCAGUGGAAACUACAAACACCAUCAUACCUGAGAAAUUAGACGGUUUUAUGAACAGAUAUGCAGAAUACACUCAUGACAAAUGGGCUUUUGAAAAGAUCCAAAAUAACUGGACAUUCGGCGAGGUGCUGGAUGAAAAUGCCAAGACUCAUCCCAUGCUCAGACCUUACAAAACAUUCUCUGAAAAGGAUAAAGAAAUCUACCGCUGGCCCAUUAAAGAGUCAGUCAAAGCUAUGAUUGCUUGGGAGUGGACACUAGACAAAGCCAGAGAUGGAGAUGAUGAUAAAACAGAGAAGAAGACAGCUCGCAAGAUAUCACAGACUGCACAGGCGACCUAUGACCCCAGUCAUGGCUACAGCCCUCAGCCCAUUGACAUUUCAGGCAUGACACUGUCUAGAGAGCUUCAGUCCAUGGCAGAGCAGCUUGCAGAGAACUAUCACAACACCUGGGGACGCAAGAAAAAAAUGGAGCUACAAGCAAAAGGAGGCGGAACACACCCUUUGCUUGUGCCCUAUGAUACGCUGACAGCUAAGGAAAAGGCGCGAGACAGAGAGAAAGCAUAUGAACUGCUCAAGUUUCUGCAGCUAAAUGGAUAUUCUGUGACCAGGGGGCUGAAGGAUAUGGAGAGCGAUAUUUCAUCUAUUGAGAAGCGUUUUGCGUAUGGCUUUCUACAGAAGCUGCUCAAGUGGAUGGACAUUGCCCAGGAAUUCAUAGCACAUCUUGAGGCAGUUGUGAGCAGCGGCCGUGUGGAAAAGUCGCCACAUGAGCAAGAGAUCAAGUUCUUUGCCAAGAUUCUUCUGCCUUUGAUAAAUCAGUAUUUUAAAAAUCACUGCCUCUACUUCCUCUCCACACCAGCCAAAAUCCUAGGCAGUGGCGGACAUGCCUCCAACAAAGAAAAAGAGAUGAUUGCAAGUAUCUUUUGUAAGAUGUCUGCCCUGGUGAGACACAGAGUGUUUCUCUUUGGUACGGAUGCUCCCGCUAUCGUCAACUGUCUCCAUAUUCUUGCACGGUCACUUGAUGCCAGAACUGUGAUGAAAUCCGGACCCGAGAUUGUUAAGGCAGGGCUGCGAUCUUUCUUCGAGAGCGCUGCUGAUGACAUUGAAAAGAUGGUGGAAAACCUCAAACUUGGGAAAGUGUCCAAAGGCAAUCAGCCAGUGAAAGGUGUGUCCCAGAAUAUCAACUACACCACGACAGCUUUGCUACCUGUCCUCACGUCACUGUUCGACCACAUCGCUCAGCAUCAGUUUGGAGACGAUGUUAUCCUGGAUGAUUUGCAGAUGUCCUGCUACAGAAUCAUGUGUAGUAUUUAUUCUCUUGGUACUGUAAAGACUCCACAUGCAGAGAGACAAAGACCAGCUCUAGGAGAAUGCCUCGCACAUCUCGCCAAAGCCAUGCCUGUAGCCUUCCUGGAGCCCCAUCUUAAUGAAUACAAUGCAUUUACAGUGUACACUACCAAGACGCAAAGAGAAAGAGCAAUCCUGGGCCUUCCCAACCACGUCAAAGAAUUGUGUUUGGACAUUCCUGAGCUAGACAUCCUCAUGAAAGAGAUCGGAGAUCUGGCUGAAUCGGGAGCUCGCUAUACAGAAAUGCCACAUGUGAUCGAGAUCACUCUACCCAUGUUGUGUAACUAUCUUCCUCGUUGGUGGGAAAGAGGACUGGAGAACUUUCCAGAAAUGGAGGGUAAGCUGUGUACAGAUGUCACCUCGGAUCAUCUCAACCAGCUCCUGGGAAGCAUCAUGAAAAUAGUGGUCAACAACCUGGGAAUUGACGAAGCCUCCUGGAUGAAAAGACUCGCUGUGUUCUCCCAACCCAUUGUGAGCCGAGCCAAACCCGAGAUGCUGAAAUCCCAUUUUAUCCCCACUAUGGAGAAACUGAAGAAGCGGACGUCUAAAGUGGUAGUGGAGGAGGAGCACCUGCGCAUGGAGGGGAAGUCUGAGGGAGACGAGGAGGAAGGGACUAUUCGAGAUGAAUUUGCGGUCCUCUGCAGAGACCUGUACGCUCUCUACCCUCUUCUCAUCCGAUAUGUGGAUAACAACAGAGCAAGGUGGCUGACCUGCCCGGACCCUGAUGCUGAAGAGCUGUUCCGUAUGGUGGGAGAGGUCUUCAUCUUCUGGUCCAAAUCUCAUAACUUCAAGCGAGAGGAGCAAAACUUUGUGGUGAUGAAUGAAAUAAACAACAUGUCCUUUCUCACUGCUGACAGCAAGAGCAAGAUGAGUAAGACCGGGGACUCUGAGGCCGGUGGCUCUGAUGUGGAGCGUACCAAGAAAAAGAGGCGCGGAGAUCGAUAUUCUGUUCAGACGUCCCUCAUUGUGGCGGCCCUGAAGAAAAUGCUUCCCAUCGGACUCAACAUGUGCUCGCCUGCGGAUCAAGAACUCAUCAACCUGGCCAAGACACGCUAUUCUUUGAAAGACACAGAUGAAGAGGUCAGAGAGUUCUUGCAAAACAACCUCCACCUUCAGGGCAAGGUUGAUAACCCGUCCAUGCGCUGGCAGAUGGAGCUGUAUAAAGAAAUGGCAGGAAAGGCUGAAGAUGCAGAUGCUCCAGAGAAAGUAGUGAAAAGAGUUCAGGAAGUCUCUGCGGUCCUCUACCACAUUGAAGUGACAGAACAUCCUUUCAAGUCCAAAAAGAUGGUUUGGCACAAACUGCUGUCGAAGCAGCGGCGCAGGGCAGUGGUGGCCUGUUUCAGGAUGACUCCGCUGUACAACCUGCCCAGGCAUAGAGCGUCUAACAUGUUUCUGGACGGAUACAAGCGGAACUGGAUCCAAACUGAAGGAUAUUCUUUUGAGGACAGAAUGAUUGAUGACCUUUCUAAAGCAAUGGAGGAAAAGGAGGAGGAAGAAGAGGAAAAGGAGACAAAGCCAGAUCCUCUUCAUCAGCUCAUUCUUCACUUUAGUCGCACCGCCCUCACCGAGAAGAGUAAACUGGACAUAGAUUAUUUAUACAUGGCAUAUGCUGAUAUCAUGGCUAAGAGUUGCCACAUUGGCGAAGAAGAUGAGGGAGGAGAUGAGGAGGAGGGAGGAGAGGAUGAGAUGUCCUUUGAGGUGCGACAGACAGAGAUGGAAAAAGAAAUGGAAAAGCAGAGACUCCUCUACCAGCAGUCACGUCUACACAACCGUGGGGCCGCUGAGAUGGUCCUUCAGAUGAUAAGUGCCUGCAAAGGUGAGACCGGUUGCAUGGUCUCUUCCACCCUAAAGCUUGGUAUUUCUAUUCUAAAUGGAGGAAACAGUGAAGUCCAACAGAAAAUGCUGGACUAUCUGAAAGACAAGAAAGAUGUCGGCUUCUUCCUCAGUGUCCAGGCUCUUAUGCAAACAUGCAGUGUUUUGGACCUGAAUGCCUUUGAGAGGCAGAAUAAAGCUGAGGGUCUAGGUAUGGUGUCAGAGGAGGGAACAAACAUGAAGCUAGAACGGGGUGAGAAGGUCAUGGCUGAUGAUGAGUUCACCUGCGACCUCUUCCGCUUCCUGCAGCUACUUUGUGAGGGUCACAACAAUGACUUCCAGAACUACCUGAGAACACAGACAGGAAGCACAACCACCAUCAAUGUCAUUAUCUGCACUGUGGAUUACCUGCUUAGACUGCAGGAAUCGAUCAGUGAUUUCUACUGGUAUUACUCAGGGAAGGACAUAAUAGAUGAACCAGGCAAGAGGAACUUUUCUAAAGCCAUGACUGUUGCCAAACAGGUGUUCAACAGCCUUACCGAGUACAUACAGGGCCCGUGUACUGGAAACCAGCAGUCCCUGGCCCACAGUCGUCUGUGGGACGCUGUGGUGGGCUUCCUGCAUGUGUUUGCCCAUAUGAUGAUGAAACUGGCUCAGGAUUCCAGUCAGAUUGGUCUUCUGAAGGAGCUGUUGGACCUUCAGAAAGACAUGGUGGUCAUGUUGCUGUCUCUCCUGGAGGGUAAUAUUGUAAAUGGCACCAUUGCUCGCCAAAUGGUGGACAUGCUUGUGGAAUCUUCUAGUAACGUGGAAAUGAUCCUCAAAUUCUUCGACAUGUUCCUAAAGCUGAAGGACAUUGUUGCGUCUGACGCCUUCCGUGACUACGUGACCGACCCUAGAGGUUUGAUAUCCAAAAAGGACUUUCAGAAAGCCAUGGACAGUCAGAAACAAUACACCCCAUCGGAGAUCCAGUUCCUGUUGUCCUGCUCGGAAGCAGAUGAGAACGAGAUGAUCAAUUACGAAGAGUUCUCCAACCGCUUCCAAGAGCCGGCAAAAGACAUCGGUUUUAACAUCGCUGUGCUGCUAACCAACCUCUCCGAGCACGUCCCUCAUGAUACCAGAUUGCAAAACUUCCUCGAACAGGCUGAGAGCGUUCUGAACUAUUUCCGCCCCUUCUUGGGCCGGAUUGAGAUAAUGGGUGCCAGCAGAAAGAUUGAAAGAAUCUACUUUGAGAUCAGCGAGGUGAAUCGUAAACAGUGGGAGAUGCCUCAGGUGAAAGAGUCCAAGCGUCAGUUCAUAUUUGACGUGGUCAACGAAGGUGGCGAGUCGGAGAAGAUGGAGCUUUUUGUCAACUUCUGUGAGGACACCAUCUUCGAGAUGAACAUCGCUUCGCAGAUUUCCGAGCAGGACGAGGAAGAGAAAGAGGAAGAUGAUGAGGAAGAUGCCGAAGGAGGAGAUGGAGGCGACGAAGAAGGCGGUGGAGAGGACGGCCAGAAGGAAUCAAGCUCCGCCUUUGCGGAUUUCAUCAAAAGCGUCAUGAAUUUCCUGGGAUUGUUUACCUUUCGUAAUAUUCGCAGACAGUAUCGCAGGCUCAGGAAGAUGACCAUCAAGGAAAUGGUGGUAGGCCUCGCAACUUUCCUCUGGACAAUCCUCAUGGGCAUCCUCCAUUUCAUCUACAGCGUCUGUAAAGGUUUCUUCCUGCUCAUCUGGCAAACUCUGUUUGGAGGUGGUUUAGUCGAAGGGGCCAAAAACAUCACGGUGACCGAGAUACUAGCCAGCAUGCCGGAUCCCACACAGGAUGAGGUGCACGGAGACCUGCCUGGAGAACCAAGGAGUGGAGAGGAAAAGGAAAUGGGAGGAAUAACAGACUCCAUGGACGCAGGAGGUGGAGAGGAAGAAGAUGAAGACAAUCAAGAAAGUGACGGUGGGAAAAUUCCGGGUAUCGAUACGCCUGGUGGGCUUGGAGAUAUGGGUGACACGACCCCCGUGGAACCACCUACUCCAGAGGGCACUCCAUUACUAAAGAGGAAAAUGCAGCCAGAAGAAGCCGGACCUGUGCAACCUCCUGCUAUUGAAGAACCUCCUCCUGAACCAGAGAAAGCAGACACUGAGAAUGGUGAGAAGGUAGAGAAGAAAGCAGAAGCCAAGCCUGAGCCGAUACCGGAGGAACCAAAACCUGAGACAGCCACCAAAACCAAGAAGAAGAAGAAACCCGCUAAAGGAGCCGGAUUUGAGCUCUGGAAUGAGCUAGAUGUUCAAAGAAAUAAAUUCAUGAACUGUUUGUCCCGCAACUUCUACAACAUUCGUUUCCUGGCUCUGUUCCUCGCCUUUGCCCUCAACUUUAUUCUGCUCUUCUACAAGGUAUCAGAUACCCCUCCCAAUGUUGAAGACUUUGACGGCUCGGGUGUCUUUGAAGGCUCUGGACUGUUUGAAGGUUCCGGUGAGGAGUCUGAAGGCUCUGGUGUAGAUGAUUUCGGGGAAGACGAUGAGGAAGGUCCUGUUUAUUUUUUCCUGGAAGAGAGCACAGGAUACAUGCAGCCCACCAUGUCUGGCCUGGCAAUUCUGCACACCGUCAUUGCAUUUAUAACCAUCAUCGGAUACAACUGCCUCAAGAUUCCGCUGGUCAUCUUUAAGAGAGAGAAGGAAUUGGCAAGAAAGCUGGAGUUUGAUGGUCUUUAUAUCACAGAACAGCCGGAAGAUGAUGACAUCAAGGGCCAGUGGGACAGACUGGUACUUAACACACCGUCUUUCCCCACCAACUACUGGGACAAGUUUGUGAAGCGAAAGGUGCUGGAUAAAUAUGGGGAUAUUUACGGACGUGAGCGAAUUGCUGAGCUGUUGGGGAUGGAUCUGGCAUCACUGGAUGUCAGCAAACAACAGACAGACAAGAAACACGAAGAGCCAGACAACUCUAUGCUCGCAUGGUUCACCGCCAUUGACAUAAAAUAUCAGAUUUGGAAAUUCGGAGUUGUGUUUACAGACAAUACAUUCCUCUACCUGGUGUGGUACACCGUGAUGUCACUUCUGGGACAUUACAACAACUUCUUUUUUGCCUGUCACCUGCUUGACAUCGCGAUGGGGGUCAAGACCCUGCGCACCAUUUUGUCCUCGGUCACGCACAACGGAAAACAGUUAAUGAUGACUGUGGGUUUGCUGGCCGUGGUUGUGUACCUCUACACUGUGGUGGCCUUCAACUUCUUCAGGAAGUUCUAUAAUAAGAGCGAAGAUGAGGAUGAACCAGACAUGAAGUGUGACGACAUGAUGACGUGUUAUCUGUUCCACAUGUACGUGGGUGUGCGAGCAGGAGGAGGUAUAGGAGAUGAGAUUGAGGACCCAGCAGGUGACGAGUAUGAACUCUAUCGUGUGGUCUUCGACAUCACCUUCUUCUUCUUUGUCAUUGUCAUCCUGCUCGCCAUCAUUCAGGGUUUAAUCAUUGAUGCCUUUGGUGAACUGAGAGACCAGCAAGAACAAGUCAAAGAAGACAUGGAGACCAAGUGCUUUAUAUGUGGAAUAGGGAGUGAUUACUUUGAUACAACUCCACAUGGCUUUGAGACCCAUACGCUUGAGGAGCAUAACCUGGCCAAUUACAUGUUCUUCCUGAUGUAUUUAAUCAACAAAGAUGAAACUGAGCACACUGGACAGGAGUCGUAUGUAUGGAAGCUGUACCAGGAGAGGUGCUGGGAUUUCUUUCCUGCUGGAGAUUGCUUUAGAAAACAAUAUGAAGAUCAGCUUGGAUAAAUCCAAGAUAAUCUACAGACAUUUACAUUUAUUCAUUUGGCAGACGCGCUACUAGGAUUAAAGCUGGAGUAAGCAAAGGAGAGAAUGAACAACAACAAUAUAUUUUUUUAGACAGACAGACAGACAGUCAGUCAGACAAUUAUUGGUUAGUCAAAUAAAUGCAGAACAGGUAUAUUUUGAGCUGUUUUUUGAAAGUUGUGAAGGAUGCUGCAGUUCGGGUGGAGGCUGGAAGUUCAUUCCACCACGGGGGGAACAUUUAAGCACAUUAACACACUUUCUCUCCCUUUAUUUUGUCCCCCAAUAACACAAAGUUAAUUCAUCUGAUAUUAUAUUAGCACAUACAGUAAAUAGAAAGUCUGCAAGUUUUAUAAAUUAAUAUAAGUUUUGAACUUAUAU